CUAACAGCCCCAUACUUCCACUCCGACCACGUCUUUCACCGAGACCAAUCAAUCGCACCUUGCUCAGUCAUCUCAUGCGCACCCGGUCUCGCACACCGGUUUGGACCCACUCGUUUCCCGUACACAUGCCAAUCCAACUGAACGAUACGAACAGAUACCGCCAUCCAGUACGGAAUCGCAACUUGGCCCGCUUAACACUCAUCAGCCGUUAGCCGCACGCCUGCCUCUGUCUAGUUCGACUGGGAAUGUUGAACGAGGGCCUAGCAUAGGUCCGUCCGACUCGAUGGGAAUGUCGUCUGGUGACUCUUUCGAACAAUUGGCUGCCCAAGCAGCUGCUCAGCUUGGUGUGACCACAUCUAUCGACCCGGGAGCUCUUGGACGUAUGUGCUCCGAAUCGCCUUUCACAGAUACAAAUCCUCUCUCUAUCCCAACUCACUAUUCCAACACCCAUACGACGCAUUUUACUUCUACUCCCGGACCUGGAGCAAAAGCUUCGUCCAUUCCCGGUGGUGUCAAUGUUUUUCCCGCUCAUUUACCCAACCAACACCCAACACAAUCUGUUGCCAGUCCCAUGCCCACCACCUCGUUGACCGAUCAAUCUGCCUCGGGGUUGUGGAUGGAUUCACAACUCAACCGGGACCAUAAUGAUCCAUGGACUAAUAGUCCCGGUUACUAUGCAAACAAUAGUAGCACAGGCGAGGUGAGUGUCGGUACAUCCGAGUUCACCAGCCAGUCAAGCACAUCCUACGCGAAUGAUCGAAUGCAGUCUGGUGUUGUCUGUCCAAAUCGCGUAUCGGAAAAAAUACAGCAGCUGGUCAAUACGCUUAAACGUCCAAAACGCCGUCCUUUACCCGAAUAUUUCCUAGACGAAGAGGAUCAGAUUCUCGUACGACAAGUUACAGAUCCGUCUGCCCCCAGACCACGAGGACCGCAGUCUCAACCGCUACGUGGGGAAGAACUGGUGGUUCCAUCUGGUCUUCCGCGUAAUUUGGAAUCGGCACUCCAACGCUAUGCUGGGCUGAGUUGUAAAGCACCGGUUCUGACUUGCUUGGAUGUUUGCGGAAGACCAACUCAGGUUCUCACCUACGCCAAAUUGUUACAGGUAAGUAGCUAG